AUGAGCGAUAAAGACACAACACCGCAGAGAGCCGAGACGGUGCAAGACACAAAAAUAGAGGAGUUAUUGAGUAUGGCAAAUAUCGGUAAUGAUGAUAGUGUCGACAGUUUCGUGGAUAACGUGAAAGAGGGACUAAAAGAGGCGGAACUCAAAAUAGCACACAUCCAGAAAAUCCACAAAAAACAAAACGAAAAGGGCAAGGUCAAAAAAGAGCGAACGAAAACUGAAAAAGAGGGGCAGAUGGAACAAAAGGGAUCCACAGAGAUCGGAGCAAAUGACAACUUGGUGGAACGAGUCGAUGUUCUUAAGCGGCGAAUAAUGGAGAAGAAACAGAAAAUUGUGACGUUGAAGGAAUUACAAUUCAAGCAAGGCUCGUCUAUUGAUGUUAAAAGAAAGGAAGAGGAUCUUACAAAUAGUAAUCAGAAUAUAAUAGAGGAGGUUAGUAAGCAGACAAACACAGUCAAAACUAUGAUUGAAACUUUGGACAAAAUAGAGGAAAGUAUCCAGAAGACUUGUACUGAACAGAGGGUAACAAUUGGUAAACACACGGAGGCAUUUCAAUUGGUAAACAAUGAGUUUGAAAAUGAACAAAAGGAAGCAAAGCAAAUCGUUGGGUCAAUGAAAAACACGGAUGAAUAUUUCGGAAGGGAAUUGACAAAACUCAAAGAGAAGUUGCAUUUACUUUGGGGUGAGAAUAAACGUCUUAAAACAAUUUUAGAGUGCUCGGAGGCAAAUUUAAAGGAUUUAAAGACGAUUCAGGAGAACUGUGAAUAUAAAAAGAACGACACUGAACGCACAAAAAAUGAACUUGAUGAAAAGAUGAAGAAACUUGAGAGUGAACUCACCUCCAUCCGCACACAACAAAAAGAAGUGCGAGCACAGAUUAAACGACUCGAAGAUGAACAGAAGAAAAAAGAGGAUAUACGAACGCAACAAGAAAAAGAAAACAAAGAGUGUUUAUGGAUGGUGCUUUCAACUGAAGAGAGCAGGACAGUGUUUUUGAGCGCGAUUGCCUUGUCGUAUAAAGUCACCCAUUCGCAAAGUUACAACAUCUCGUUGCAACAACUGAUGGAGGAGAUCGAUGAGAAGAAACUACCCGUUUCAAAGUGGAUAAACUUUGUGUCGGAACAGCUCAGCAAAACAGAGUGA